UAGGGCACCACCCCCUGGCGGCCCUGCUGGGCUCCGGGUCCGGCUCGUGCGGCUUGGAAUUUUGCUGCCACCCAGGGAUUCGCGGGGCGGUCUCGGGCUGCGGGAGCCUUGACUGACCGAGGUGUGGGCUUCGCGGCCGUUCUCCUUCCCGCAGGCUCUGGACCGGUAAGUUACAGGUGUCUGAAUUUUCAAGCUGCAGAAUGCAUAACACCUUACAAGGUUAGCCAUGAUGAGCACUCUGCCGUUAAAGGAAGCUAAGGUGCUGGAUGUUCAAUUUGUGGGAGAUGAAAAUGUUCUCAAUCACAUUUUUGAUAGAGAAGCAGGAACUAAAUUAAAGAAGGAGAAAGCUCAGCUUUUGGUCAACCCCCAGAAAAUAAUAAAGAAGUCAGAAUGUGAAUUGGAGAAGAGUGACCAGGAAGUCUUAAAGGAUCAGAACUAUGUGGAAGUUUUGGGAAGAAGUAUUCAAGAUCCCUUGAAAAAAGCUGUAGGUGGUGGGAAUAAAGUUUAUUCUUUUCAACAUAGAAAACAUUCUGAAGAAAUGGCUAAAUUAGCUUUAGAACUAGCAAAAACGCCAAGAAAAGUUGUUCCGCUUGACUCAAAGGCUGCUCCUGAAAUUAUGAAAAACGUCACUCAAAAAAGCAAGGGGCAUUCAACUUCAGAGAAAGUACAACUGGAGCGGAACAAUAACAAAACUGAAUCUCUGUCAACACCAACUCGUUGUCUAAGAAAAAGAAUAAUAGUGUCAACAUUUCAUUGUGACAGUGAAAGUGAAUAUUCUGCUUCUGACUCUGAGGAUGAUAGAGAGGUUGGAAGAGAUGACGAAGACGACACUGACGUGGCUGGGCUCUCUCAAAAGAGUCGAGCUCCUGUUUCCCAAGGGACACCGCUUAAGAAAGUGAAGAGAGACAAAGCAAGUGACUUGGUGGAAGAAUAUUUUGAAGCCCAUAGCAGUUCCAAAGUUUUGACAUCUGAUAGAACCCUGCAGAAGGUGAAGAGAGCCAAACUGGAUCAGAAAACGCUACGUAACUUAUUGAGCAAAUUCUCACCUUCCUUUUCUGCUGAAAUUGAACAGUUAAAUCAACAGCAUGAGAAAUUGUUUCGUAAAUGGAUGCUACAGUUACACCUUGGGUUCAACAUUGUGCUCUAUGGUUUGGGGUCCAAGAGAGACUUACUAGAAAAAUUUCGAGUCACCAUGCUUCAAAAUUCCAUUCAUGUUGUCAUCAAUGGCUUCUUUCCUGGAAUCAGUGUGAAAUCAAUCUUGAAUUCUAUAACUGAAGAUGUCCUCAGUCAUAUGGGUACUUUCCAGACUGUUCUGGAUCAGCGAGACUGGAUAAUAAACAAAUUUAAAGAAGAUUCUUCUUUAGAACUCUUCCUUCUUAUCCACAAUUUGGAUAGUCAAAUGUUGAGAGGAGACAAUAGCCAGCAAAUUCUUGGACAGUUGUCGUCUUUGCGUAACGUGUACCUUAUAGCAUCUAUUGAUCACCUCCAUGCUCCUCUCAUGUGGGAUCAUGCAAAGCAGAGUCUUUAUAAUUGGCUUUGGUAUGAAACUACUACAUAUAGUCCUUAUACUGAAGAAACAUCCUAUGAGAAUUCCCUUCUGGUUAAACAGUCUGGAUCUCUCCCACUUAGUUCUCUGAUUCAUGUCUUACGAAGCCUUACCCCCAAUGCAAGGGGGAUUUUCAGGCUACUUAUAAAGUACCAGCUGGAAAACCAGGACAGCCCUUCCUACACUGGACUUUCUUUUCAAGAUUUUUACCAGCAGUGUCGGGAGGCAUUCCUUGUUAAUAGUGAUCUCACACUCCGAGCCCAGCUAACUGAAUUUAGGGAUCACAAACUCAUAAAAACAAAGAAGGGAACUGAUGGUGUAGAAUAUUUAUUAAUUCCUGUUGACAGCGGAACAUUGGCUGAUUUCUUGGAGAAGGAAGAGGAAGAGGCUUAGACUGUCACUUUUUGGUGAAGAGUCAUUGCACCCCAGCUGCCGCUCCCUUAGUAAGAGUGCUGGCUUACAUCCAACACUAGAUCAUUCUGUCCAGCAUACAAUUUUUACUAUUGAAGGCAUAUCAUCAAUUUGAACUUGGAUUAGCCUGGCUGGUGUACUGUCUCUAAUACUAUGAAGUGGUCAUCAAGUUGGAAAAAAUGUGCCUUUAAUUUAUUACCUCUCUGGAGACUUGUUGCUGGAUGAACAGUGUGCUCAGGGAUUAUUUGGAACUGGUGUUUGGGGAUUGUUUUAUACUGAAUGCUAUCUCUAAUUUUGAGGGCAGUUUAACACUGCCCAAGCUGAAUCACUACAAGUGCACUUGUUUCCGAUCUUGAAAGAUGGGAUCACAAUGAGGAAGGAGGAGCCUCAUUUGCUUUUUCUGAAAUGAUAAAAGGUAUUUAGUGGGCUAAGAUGGCCCGACUUUCUCCGUGUGGAUUUAGGCUACACAUACUUGGGACAGUUAGUACUAUUCAACCUGAGAUAGUGGGAGAAGUAUAAAGACUAGAUAAGGCAUGUGCCUAAUCUAGAAUGCAUAUUUAAAAUAGCUAAUAUCUAUACCAUGACCUUGAUUUUUAUGAUAGAAAUGAGAAGCCAGGCUAAAAGAUAAAAUCCUAAUUUACAUGUUAGUAAUUAUUUUCAGGGCAACAGAUAAAAAAGCAUUUCAUUAUUCUUGUACAUGGAUAUUUUUUAUUUUCAUAAAAAAUACAUAGGUAUAAAUGGCACACCCCUUUAAUCUCACCAUUCAGGAGUCAGAGGUAGGCAGAUUGCUUCUCUUCUUUCAAAACAAUGGUAGCAAGACAGAAGCUCACAUCUGUAAUCCCAACACCAAGAAGGCUGAGGCAGGAUGAAACAUGAGAUCAAGUCCUGGACUAGUUAAUGAGUUCUAGAUCAGUCUGAGCUACAGUGACACCCUGUUUCAGAAAACAAGAAACAUUAAAUAAAUGCACGGUGAUAACAUGAA